UAAGCAUGUUUCUCAACACCCUGACGCCGAAGUUCUAUGUGGCUCUCACAGGUACUUCAUCCCUCAUAUCAGGACUCAUACUGAUCUUUGAGUGGUGGUAUUUCAGAAAGUAUGGGACAUCAUUCAUAGAGCAGGUGUCUGUGAGCCACCUCCGCCCCCUACUGGGGGGAGUGGAUACCAACUCUCCCACUAACUCCAACACUGGUAAUGGAGAGGCAGACUCCAACCGGCAAAGUGUGUCUGAAUGUAAAGUAUGGAGAAAUCCUCUAAAUUUAUUUCGUGGAGCAGAAUAUAAUCGAUAUACAUGGGUAACUGGUCGCGAGCCUCUGACAUAUUAUGACAUGAACUUGUCAGCACAAGACCAUCAAACCUUCUUUACUUGCGACUCAGACCACUUGCGACCUGCUGACGCCAUCAUGCAGAAGGCAUGGAGAGAAAGGAACCCGCAGGCUCGCAUCUCAGCAGCACACGAAGCUCUCGAGCUUGAGGACUGUGCAACAGCAUACAUCCUUCUGGCCGAAGAGGAGGCCACCACCAUCAUGGAGGCUGAGAGGUUAUUUAAACAAGCAUUAAAAGCUGGUGAAGUGUGCUACCGCCGCAGUCAACAGCUCCAGCAUCAUGGUACACAGUAUGAAGCCCAGCACAGAAGAGACACUAAUGUGUUGGUGUAUAUAAAAAGAAGACUGGCCAUGUGCUCCAGAAAGCUUGGCCGAACACGAGAAGCAGUUAAAAUGAUGAGAGAUUUAAUGAAGGAGUUCCCUCUCCUCAGUAUGUUCAACAUCCAUGAAAACCUGUUGGAGUCACUACUAGAGCUCCAGAAUUAUGCUGACGUUCAGGCAGUUCUGGCCAAGUAUGACGAUAUUAGCUUACCCAAAUCUGCAACAAUAUGCUACACAGCUGCCUUGCUGAAAGCGAGGGCGGUAUCUGACAAGUUUUCUCCAGAGGCAGCGUCAAGGCGGGGGCUGAGCACAGCAGAGAUGAAUGCAGUAGAAGCCAUCCACAGAGCAGUGGAGUUUAACCCUCAUGUCCCGAAAUAUUUGCUGGAGAUGAAGAGUUUGAUUCUUCCUCCAGAACACAUUCUGAAGAGAGGCGACAGUGAAGCCAUUGCCUACGCCUUCUUCCACCUACAGCACUGGAAAAGGGUGGAGGGGGCACUCAACCUGCUGCACUGUACCUGGGAGGGCACAUUCAGAAUGAUUCCAUAUCCUCUGGAGAAAGGUCAUCUGUUUUAUCCCUACCCUAUCUGUACAGAAACUGCUGACAGAGAACUGUUACCCACAGUGUUUCAUGAGGUGUCAGUCUAUCCGAAGAAGGAGCUGCCCUUCUUUAUCCUCUUCACCGCUGGUCUGUGCUCCUUCACCGCCAUGUUGGCUCUGCUCACACACCAGUUCCCUGAGCUGAUGGGUUUCCUCAGCACUCUGUUUGCUCCUCUGAACUUCAUCAUGGAGAAAGUGGAGAGCAUCCUGCCGUCCAGCCUCUGGCACCAACUGACUCGCAUCUGACCCCAACAAACUGGACUAGAAUCAGACCCAGAACCAGCACUAAAAACAGACCUCCAUGAAGACUAAAUGACUGGACAAAAACUAAACUGGACUGAUGCACUUUUGUGCCAAGAUCAGUCCCAACCAAACGGAGGAGACGGGAAAAAACAAGACAGAACAGUGGGAGCCAGAGUUGGUUUUGACUUUAUUUGAUAUGUUUGCAUUUUUGGGGGGGUUUCCAGUCAUUUAAAACAGUUUUUUGUUGUCUUCUUUUUUUUGUUGUACAAAAAAAUGAUUAGUUGCCAUCAUUAAAAAAGUGAAAAGGAAAAAAAAUACAAUAAAGGACUUUUUGUGUAUUGCUGCAAGUCAACUUUUUCAUCCCAUUUUAAUUCAGAACUCACUGGGAGUCACACUCACUGGGAGUCUAGCAUGUUUUUGUGUUACAAAGAAGUUCGGGGUCAUCUCUACCACGAGUGAAGGUGAAUAAAUGGUUUUCAGAACACCAUAUGAAGGACCAAAAGCAACUAUGAAGAAAUACUUGAUGCCAAGUGAAGUUGUUUUGACAGAUGAUUUCAGUGAAAGAAAAACUGGAAACUGCUGUUUGAAAUGUGAGAGAAGAAGAAGAAAAAUAUUUGUCUUUGAGGAAUGAUUGCUCACUCUUGGUUGUAUUUUAGUUUAAUUUUCAAUCACAUAUUUUCAAAAAGACAGUCCAGGGUGUACCCCGCCUCUAGUCCCCCUAAGGGAAUAAGCAGUUACGAUAUUGGAUGGAUGGAAAGUUACAAAAAGUCUGAGGCAGUGAAACCAUUUUUUUGGUUGCAUAUAAUCUGGAUGGGUUGGUGAAACCGUGAGUGGUGGAACAGUCUUCUGGGUAUAUGCAUGCUUUGAUAAUCUUUCUAAAUCUAACUGGAACAUUUCAAACUUUUUUUGCCAAAUAUUUAAUUUGAUGGUUUUCUUCAAAAAUUCAAUCGAGUAGCGUUAAGGAAAAGUAUUUGUUAUUUUGCAGAUAUUUCUCUGUAAAAUAGUCUGCAGUAAAUUAUUACGGGUUAUCUAUGCUUUUUGGCC